UUCCUCAUCAAAAAAAUGAAGCAUGUUUUUCUUCUGUUACUUGUUCAACUGUUUUCUGUCUUUACAUUAAGCUCACUGUAUUUUAUCCCAACUGUGACUGCCUUUGCAUCAGGAAAUGAGACUGAUCAUUUGGGUCUGCUGGAAUUCAAGAAAUCCAUAUCAGGAGACCCAUAUGGAAUCUUACUUUCUUGGAAUACUUCUACUCACUUUUGUGACUGGUCUGGAAUAACAUGCAAUCUCAAGCUUCAAAGAGUUACACAGUUAGUUUUGUCAAGGUACAAGUUGGAGGGAUCCAUAUCUCCCCACAUAGGAAAUCUCUCUUAUAUGAUCAAUUUCAAUCUAUCAGUCAACAACAUCAAUGGGAAAAUACCACAGGAACUGGGAAGGUUGUCACGUCUGCAACAACUAUCUCUCGGAAACAACUUAUUGGGAGGAGAAAUUCCUACAAACUUGACUGGAUGUAAUGAUCUCAGAUUCUUAUACUUACAGAGAAAUAAUCUUACUGGCAGAAUACCUAUCGAGAUUGGCUCACUUCAAAAGCUUGAAUGGUUGGCUAUUUCUACUAACAAGUUAACAGGAGAAAUCCCUUCUUUCAUAGGUAAUCUUACAUCCCUCACAGAUAUCGAUGUUGGUGGUAACAACUUUGAAGGACAUAUACCACAGGAAAUAUGCCAUCUCAAAAACUUGACAUUUGCAUCAUUUGGUCAAAACAAAUUCACUGGAACAUUUCCUUCUUGUCUUUAUAAUAUGUCAUCUCUUACCAUGAUCUCAGCUACAGGAAAUCAGUUAAGUGGCUCUCUUCCACCUAACAUGUUUCACACCCUCCCAUAUCUUCAAGAAUUUUACAUUGGUGAAAAUCAAAUCACUGGUCGAAUCCCACCUUCCAUCACCAAUGCAUCCGCAUUCUUUUUAGCACUUGAGGCCAGUCGAAACAGUCUCACUGGACAAAUUCCAAGCAUGGGGAAGUUCCAAUAUCUUGAUAUCAUAUCUCUGUCUUGGAACCAUCUAGGAGACAAUUCAACUACUGAUUUCGAUUUUCUAGAAUCAUUGGCUAACAGUAGUAAGUUGAAACUUCUGUCCAUAUCCUACAAUAAUUUUGGAGGUCAUUUGCCAAACUCUUUGGGAAAUUUAUCCCCCCAGCUUGAUAGAUUAUAUCUUGGAGGUAAUCAGAUAUCAGGGAAAAUCCCUGCAACAAUAGGAAAUUUGACUAACUUAACUUUUUUGGCUAUGGAAAACAACAAUCUCGGUGGGAAUAUCCCAACAACUUUUGUGAAGUUUCAAAAAAUGCAGAAGUUAAAUUUAGGUUCAAACAAACUGUCAGGAGAGUUAGGAGCCCACAUAGGCAACCUUACUCAAUUGUUUGAUUUGAAAUUAGGAGAUAAUUUGUUUGAAGGGAACAUUCCUCCAAGUAUAGGAAACUGUCAGAAGUUACAGUACUUAGACAUUUCACGUAACAACCUUACAGGAACCAUACCCUUGGACCUUUUUAAGCUUUCAUCUCUAACCAUCUUGUUGAAUUUGUCACUAAACUCAUUAAGUGGCAGUAUACCUGAAGAAGUAGGUAGCCUAACAAAUCUUGGUUGGCUAGAUAUGUCUGAGAAUCACAUGUCCGGAGAAAUUCCUCCAACAAUGGGAGAAUGCAUAAUGUUGGAAUACCUAUAUUUGCAAGGGAAUUCUUUACAAGGAACCAUACCAUCUUCUUUGGCAUCACUCAAAGGGCUUCAACAUUUAGACCUGUCACGAAAUCAAUUGUCUGGAUCUAUUCCUAAUGAUCUACAAAAUAUUUCUUCCUUAAAAUAUUUCAAUGCAUCCUUCAACACAUUAGAGGGUGAAGUACCAACCAAAGGUGUCUUUGGAAAUGUAAGUGCCAUACUGGUUAUGGGAAAUAAUAAACUUUGUGGGGGAACUUCAGAACUGCAUCUACCACCAUGUCCUGUCAAAGGUAAGAAACUUGCAAAACACCACAAGUUCAGGUUGAUAGCAGUGAUAGUUAGUGUGAUUGUUUUUCUUCUCAUAUUGUCAAUUACUCUAACUAUUUACUGGACAAGGAAAAGGAGUAAUAAAACAUCUUUGGAUUCACAUUCAUCAGAAACUGAUCAUCAGUUGGCUACAGUUUCGUUCCAAAGCCUGCACAAUGCAACUGAUGGAUUCUCAGCUACAAACUUGAUAGGGUCUGGAAAUUUUAGCUCUGUUUACAAAGGAACUCUUGAGGAGUUAGAAGAAAAAGUUGUUGCCAUAAAGGUCCUAGACCUUCAGAGAAAGGGAGCUCACAAGAGUUUUGUUUCAGAAUGCAACGCACUCAGAAAUAUCAAACAUCGAAAUCUGAUUCAGGUUUUGACAUGUUGUUCCAGCAUAGAUUACAAUGGUCAAGAAUUCAAAGCUCUAAUUUUUCCUUACAUGACAAAUGGAAGCUUAGAGCAAUGGCUGCAUCCCAAGACACCAAGUGCAGAGCAAAAGAGAAAAUUGAGCCUUGAUCAAAGAUUAAAUAUCAUGGUGGAUGUUGCUUCUGCAUUACAUUAUCUUCACCAUGAAUGUGAGCAACCAAUAAUUCACUGUGAUUUAAAGCCUAGUAAUGUCCUCCUCGACAAUGAGAUGGUUCCUCGUGUGAGUGAUUUUGGCAUAGCAAAACUUCUCUCAACCAUCAAUGAUACCACUUCUAAACAAACAAGUACAAUUGGAAUAAAGGGAACUAUUGGCUAUAUUCCUCCAGAGUAUGGAGUGAGCUCUGAAGUAUCAACUUACGGUGACAUAUACAGCUUUGGGAUUCUUGUGCUGGAAAUGCUCACAGGAAAAAGUCCCACAGAUGAAAUGUUUGAAGAUGGUCAAAAUCUUCAUAACUUUGUUACAGUUUCAUUUCCUGAUAAUCUUUUGCAAAUUUUGGAUCCACUACUUGUUCCAACAGAGGAAGCAGCACCAUUGAAAGGAAACGAUUGGAAUCUUGAUCCAAAUGUUGAGAUGUGCUUAGUUUCCCUUUUCAGGAUUGGGAUUUCUUGCUCUAUGAAAUCACCAAAAGAUAGAAUGAAUAUUUCUGAUGUCACUAGGGAGCUCAACCGAAUCAGUGUGGAAACAUCAAAGUAGUUAAAGCUGAAAUCAAAUGUGCUUCAGUCAUUUAGGAAGCAGGUGUUUGCAGUNCCAUGUGUUUCCAAUAAAGUUAAACCAGCUGCAAAAUUGUCUAUUAAUUUUCCUCAGUUUUCUAGCUAUCUGUAUAAAUCAA